AUGCGGAAUGCAAUGUUGAUGCCAACUGCCGUCAGCUACAAUGCUGCAAUCAGCUCGUGCGACAAAGGCAAACAGUGGCAGCGGGCGCUGUAUCUGCUGAGCGAGUCGGUGGGAGCACUAGUGGAGCCAAGCGUUAUCGGUUAUAACGCAGGUGUGAGCGCUUGCGAGAAAUGUGGGCAGUGGCGGCAUGUUUUGUCGUUGGUGUUUGGUGACAUGUUAGCGGCGAAGCUAGAGCCCGACGUCAUCGCGUGCACCGCUGGGAUCAGCGCGUGUGAGAAAGGUGGGGUGCGCAGCACCUGGACAAGUGCUGGACAGUUGUUGGUACCCUGGUCUCCGUGA